GAUCUUAAUAAUUGUGGAGUUGACACGUGGCAAUACUUUCCCUAAUUGUAACCUUGAAAUGUAUUAUCUAUAGAUAGAUUACACGUUGCCUUCCAUUUCAAUUGUUCGGUGAUCAAUAAUCAAAAGGUAACAAAUAGGAGUAUUUAAAUGAGAAUUUACCCAAAAUAGGACUAAAAACGUUUGUAAAUUCCAAAAUGGGACUGCCAUGUUUUUAAUUCCCAAAACGGAACUAAUUACUGUCAUGUUUUGGCAGUACCAGACUUUAAACAUGGCAUUAUUUUCCAAACUUGACAAUAAUUACUCCUAUUUUGGGAAUAAAAACAUGACAGUCCUAUUUUGGAAUUUACAAACGUUUUUGGUCCCAUUUCAGGAACUUUCCCAUUGGGAAUAAGACUCAAAUAGGACUAAAACAAUGGAAGGGAACCUAAAUAGGAGUUGGAAGUUUUUAACUACUAAAUAGCACUAAUUUUGGAUGGGAAGGUCGAGAAUACCCCUGGGUCAAAAGUGCACAUCAUUUCACUCGUCUCCGCCAAAGUGGGAGCGCACCAUGUGCAGAAUAAGCCGGCCAGUCGGCCAGAGUAGUUGUUCCGAGAUGCGAUGCAACAGCUGCCGACUCAUCGCUGGACUGCUUCUCCUUACCGACUCGCCGGAUCGUUGGUCACCGCCGGACCGAUGUUCGUCGCCGCCUCGCCGGAGAAGUUGUUGGGUCUUCUUCCUCCUUCUUCUCCUUUUUCUUCCUUUUCCUCCUUCUUUCUCCUCUUUUUCUUCCUUCUUCUCCUUUUUCUUCGGAUCUUCUCCUUUUUCUUCAUUUUUUCUUCUUUCCCAGUUGCCCGGCUUGAGUCUCCACCCACCUCUUCCCCCUUUUACAGUUUCUCUAAUGUCACGGCUCUGCUAUGUACGUUUGUAUUAGUUUAU